CUCACAUUUUGUGAUCUUCUCAUUUUCGUCACGGAUGCUCAGCGUCUCUUUCUCAAUAUUUACUCUUACAUCAACUGGGUACUUAUAGAUCAACCUCUCACGACUUCAGGCCUUCGUCAUGCUGUCCGGGGCGAUUGGAUGGGCGCUUUUGUGCAGAGUAGCGACCUCUGCGAGAAGUUAUUCUGCGCUGGUGUCCCUGUUUGGUAUGUUCGCACAAGCGCGUACAUUCCCCCGAACAUGAAGGUUGUCCAACCAGUUUUACUUACCCAUCCG